AUGACUUUGUCCGAGUCCUGUAUUAAGAAGCGGAGACGAAAUAGAAACGCUCCAGGCAAGCCAAAAGCCAUUUCACGCAGUGAUCCCGAACCGCCGCUGGACGCAGAGGUGGAUUCUACGACAAGCCGCGAUGAGUACCAUACACGGUACACCCUCCCAUUGUCGAUUCCUUUUAGAUUCGAUUCCAAUAUCCUGAUCAAAAAUAGGCUUUGCGCAGUGGAAACUAGCUUGAGUCAACUUCAAGAAUCACUAUCUAUCCGCAAUGAUAGUGACUGCCGGAAUAGACCAGGGGUAACCUCAUCAACUAUUGAACGAACUGCACGCGAUGCACCCAUGAAUCUUAUCCAGGAGAUCCGACAGAACAUCAUGUUACAUGAAAAUCCCUCGACCAGCGAUGAUAGCACUAAAGACAUUAUAAUCAACGGUAUACUUUCCGAGGAACUUGCUAUUACGCUUCUCAAAGGUACGGACCCCGUCCAACUACGCACCAAAUCCUCGCUACUGUUUGGUACUUGUAUUUUAGCAGGUCUCCAUAUCACCCCUUCCUUACAUGGGUCAUCGACACAUCAAGCUUUGUAUCACCAUAUUCAUGGACUGCUCGGCCAAGCACAUCUUUCUUCCACUGCCUCGCUUGACACAAUACAGUCGAUGUUGAUUUUCUCCAUGUGGGACCUGCGACCAUCUUUGGGCCCUGACUAUGGUACAUCUUGGCUCCUCAGCGGCACGGCUGCUAUGCGGGUGAUUAUGACUACUCCAUUUGGGCAGCUUCCAAACACAAGCGACGCCGAUGGAGGCGAACGAGCCCAAGCACAAGAAAUAAUGCGCACGUGGAACUUGAUUUGCCUCUGUCAAUUACAGUUUUCUGUGGGCUCUGGUCGUCCACCGAUCAUAUCCAGCCAGUACUUUGACGAAUGCAUUAAAGUCCUCGAUUUUCCAUCAUACAAUGCACGCGACGAACUUGUAUUAGCUGGAGUCAGGUUAUAUCGACUACUUUGGGAAAUUAUAAGCUCCAACGUGAUACAGAAGGGAAGUACCGUUUGGCCCGAAAUCGACAAUUUGCGCAAGUCCCAGGAGAACAUUUAUAAGCUUGAUUCUUCUGAACCACUACGGUUUGCAUACUCCUGCGCAUACCUGAUUCUUGCACGUCGCACACUUCAACAUAUGAGCGAAACUCAACCCGAGGAAACGAGCGACUCCAUAAUUACACCAGAGGAAUCAACACUCCCCUUAAUUCGGUUCGCAAUUAGCCAGUCACAUCAACUUUUGGACCUAUUUGUCUCCAUGUCAGAUUUGACCACUUAUAUCCACCCGGCUUACGAAAAUGUGCUUUGUUCCUUUGCAAUGGUGACACUAGCCGAGUUUGUCGUUCAUUUAGAUGAUGUGGGUAGUAUAAUCAUUCUCAUGGAACAAGCCAUCUCGCAUAUUCAAUGUGGAGGCAAAGCCGAGCCGGUGAGCCGGUGGUCUCUGAACAUCAUGAAGCAGCAUUUUGCAGAGCGGAUUGAGGAAGAAGAUUGUAUGGCGUCUAUGGGAGAGAAUAGCACAGACAUUUAUAUGCCGCAGUCAGUGCAAAAUUCCACUGAUCCCUGGGGUUGUAACGAAUGGGGUAUCGAGCAGGAGUUUCCAUCGCUUGAAGAUAUGUUCUUUGGUAAUGUGAUUUGA